CUUCGGAAUGCGGAUCGCUUCUUGCAAUGAUUCAUCCAGCGAUGGGAAGGCCAAACACCACAGCUGCACACAACACACAUCACAGAAGUCCUGGAUGCUGCCGCUCCAUCGUCGAAGCUCGCAAGUUGCGAGCUCGAAAGAAACGUGCGGAGGAGGGACGGAGAAUUCACACGAGGAGGUCAGGAUCUCUCUGGAUCUGACAAUCGGUGAGUUAAUCUGCUCAGAUCUAGAACAGGAGGUGUUGCCCUGAGCUGCAUGCGUGCAGCGUUGUCAGUCUUCUCGCGGCUGGUUCUCCUGCUCGGUUAUCUACCUCAUCCAACUACCGCUUUUCGCUUCACAACCGCCAUGGUACGAGUGCAGGACAGCACGUGCACCAGAAUCAAAAAAGUGUGCACUCCUGCUGGCUGGAUAUGUUCUUUUCUGUCCUCCCUCACUGAUGCUGCAGUCGGGACGAGGUUGGUACUACAAAAACAAAUACGGUAAGCAACGGUGCACCAUGGAGUGCCGGAACGAGAAACCAUCUCUCGCAAGCUUCCACCAUCGCCUUGUGUCGCUUGCGAGGAAGGUGGUGGCGGGCGCGGUCGGGGCAAGCGGCCAUUUGAAGACGGGUAUGGCGGCCAGCAGGGGGGCUAUGGCGGCGGCAGAGGGCGGGGAGGAGGGCCAGGGGGAGGCGGAUGGCACCAACAGCAGGACGAACCCAUGGUGGACUCCUACUCAUCGCGGGAAGGCACCGGCUCUCAAUUGGCCGACGAGCUGCGGAGGCUCGAUGGUACGCACAUAGGCACGCAGGCACGCGGAAGCCGACGUCCACGCGGUCAGUGCGUGUGGUGUUGGGUCAUGAUGUGUUCGGUUCUGUUGUGGUGUGGUGGGUGGCUUGCUGUAGGUCGUCCGUAUCCUGCUUACAAGGACCUGAUCGGCUCGUGGAACAUGGGCGACUUCACUCUCUUACUCGACAAGUAUAGCUAGAUAUGACCGACAGACAUACAUAUAGAUGUGGUGUGAUGUGGUGCUCUCCUGUAUGGCGUGCACCACACCCAUUCACACACACAGGGCCCAGUCUGACCCGUACGCACCUCCGUCUCACUUCAGAGUUCGCGUGCCGCAAUCCGUCGCAAAGUGAGCAGCAAGAGAGAGAACGCUCACUUGCAAUCUGCUGCACGACAGGCACUGCACUCCUGUGUGUGGGUUGGCAGGUUCCCAGCAGCGGCUUACAACAGCAAGAUCCGCAAUGUGGCUCUGUGCGACUACCUGACCCGUCAGCUGUGCCAGGCAGUGAGUGCUGGCGGCCUCGACAAUGCGGCAGAAAACAGGGGCUGGCACGGCAGCAAGGGAGGCGACGUCCGUGUGGAGACGCCCGGCCAGCACGUCAUACAGAGGAGCGCCGUGGUGGUCAACGACCAGUUCGUCGAGGCGCGAUGCACCAUUGCUCUGCCGGUCGGUGGCUGAGGGAUGCUUGUGGUGGGUGCGCACUAUGACUUGUUGGAUGUCGUUUCUGCUGUGUGUAGGCUCAAGGGCGCUCCAUCGAGGGCCACAAAGCCGCACAGACCCUAACACAGUACCUGCCCCACGUCGUAAGCACACCUGCAUACACAAAUAGACAGACAGACAGACACGAGAGUGAAGACACGCUGUCACUGUCUGUCGUCAGGUGGCCAAGUCGCUCCUGUACGCCGCGCUCAACGCCUCCCACCUGCACGCCUUCCUCGACUCUAUCGAGGACCAGGAGCACCUUCGCCAGUCCCUCGCUGACCACGACCUGGUGGCGUUCGUUGCCGAUGGGUCAGUGCUGCCCCGACGGAGCGGCGCCGACGACCAGCCGAUGAAACCAUCUGAGGAGAACCACCUGCAGGUGUUCCAGAGCCCGCCCUCGAUGCAGUUGACGAUGCACGUGCCGCACCGUGGGGCGAUACGGGGGAUGGGGAUACGGAAGGGCAUCACACUCAUCUGUGGGGGAGGCUUCCACGGCAAGAGCACACUGCUGGGUGAGCGGGGCAGCGGGGGAGGGGGCGGGGCGACUCGUCAUUCACUGUCUAUCUCUUCAUGUCUGUCCAUCUAUCUAUCUUCAGAGGCCCUGCAGGUCGGCAUCUACAACCACAUCCCAGGUGACGGCCGUGAGUUUGUGGCGGUCGACCCAAACGCCGUCAAGAUCAGGGCGGAGGACGGUCGAUCGGUGCAUUUGGUGGACAUAUCUCCCUUCAUCAACAACCUCCCCUUCGAGAAGGACACGACCCGGUUCAACAGCGAGGACGCCUCGGGCAGCACCAGCCAGGCGGCCAACAUAAUGGAGGCACUGGAGAUCGGUAACUGACUGACCUGAAGUGGGUGAGGGUCUCUCCUGCGUGUGAUUGCUGCCUUUGUUCGCCUGCUUGUAGGUGCGACGACGCUGCUGGUGGAUGAGGACACCUGUGCCACCAACUUCAUGAUUCGCGACCGUCGGAUGCAGCAGCUGGUCGGCAAGUCGCGCGAGCCCAUCACGGCCUUCAUCUACAAGGUCAAGCCGCUCCUCACGCAGCACAACGUCAGCACUAUCAUGGUCGUCGGCGGAUCGGGGGACUUCUUUGAAGUCGCUGACACCGGUCAGCAUCACUUCACACUUCCCCGACAGACAGACAGACAGACAGACGUGCCCACACCCACUCAUGGCCAUGUGUGUGUGUAUCCCCCAUGUUGUGUGUGCAGUGAUUUUGAUGGACAAGUACCGGCCGUACGACGUCACCCAGGAGGCCAAGCAGAUCACGGUGGACAUACCGGUGCCGUACCAGUCCGACGAGGUGCAGACGGCCACCGCCACGCAGCACCACGCCUUCGGGUCCAUCGGCCACCGAAUCAUCGACUCAAACAACUUCCAGAGUCACUCACAUCCACAAACACACAAACGGACACCGCCACAGCAUUCCCCUGUCUGUUCUCAUCUUUCUUCUCCUCCUCCUCCUUGUCCCCAUCAUUCAUUCAUUCAUUUCUGCAGCCAGUGGGAAGGUGUCAGCUCGUUCGCUGCGUGUCAUCGGCUACGGCGACACCGACAUCGAGCUCAACGGCGUGGAGCAGCUGGUGGAGACCGGCCAGGCCAGAGCCAUCGCCGACGCAAUGCGGAGGAUGGCCGAGGGCCGGGGGCCGCUGGGAGCCAUCCUGGACGGCCAGCGGAAUGUCCGUGAGGUGCUGGAGCUGAUCGACCAGGUGUGCUCCGGUGACAACGGGCUGGACCACCUCAGCCAAUUCGGCCACCCCAUCGGCGAGUUUGUGCUGCCCAGACGAUUUGAGGUCAGCUCGGAGGGGGACGUCGGUCCGUCCGUCCUGCAUUCUGUCUAUCUGUGUUUCUCUCUCUACUCUAUGUGUGUGCAGGUGGGUGCGGCCAUCAACCGUCUGCGUACGCUGCGGAUAAGGGGUGUGAGGUGGAAGCUGCAGCCGGGGAUGAAGUGACUGAUUUAUAGACACAAAGAGAGGGAGGGAGGCUCACUGAUGGUGGGUGGGUGCGUGAGCCGCGUGAAACCAUGCGCGGCUGUCAUGUCUGUCACUUGUUUGUUGGAUCCGUGUUUGCUGCUGCUGAUAGCCGUGAGGUGAUCGUGAUGGCUGCAUGAGUGCAUGCGAUGUGCAUGUGCAUGUUGCAUGGAUGUGAUACGUGUGUGAAUGCAAUGCAAUUCAUGGCAAUUCAUGGCUUAUAUACGAACCGAACAAGUCUGUCCAUUCCAUGCGAUGAAUGAACCAAUGAAUCAAUGAAUGAG